AUGGCGAGCUCGCCAGGACUGGAAUAUGUCACUCUGGCGCACCAUUUAUUGGCUGCCAAGUACUUUAUGCUCGCCUCGUUUGUUUUCAUGAUAUAUGACCACAUGAUAACAUUUGCGGAAGAGGUACUUGUUCAUGCGCCCAAUUUGGAGCCCUUUAACACAUGCUGUCUAGGUGACCGAGUCUGGCAACGAGAGUGGACGGGUGCGACAUGGCUCUUCUUCCUGAACCGGUACCUCACCGAGCUCCAAUUCAUCGUGAACCUGCAUUUCAUGAUCCAUAUUGGACUGGCAAGAUGUGAAGAUUUUAUACCAUUCCCUGGAGCCUCGACCUUGAUAUCUAUUGCCAUUGCUGAAAUAAUUCUAAUACUGAGUUAUUUCCUGUCCAAACUGACGAACCACAGCGCUCUAUCAAAGAAACCCGUGGAUAUUGGUACUCCUGGUGUUUUCUGGGUUGGGCAAGUGAUCGUCAUGGGCACUGUAAUGCGCCACCCGACACGGCUCAGGCUUCCCGAAGGCUUCGGUGUAUUCAAGGAGGAGAGGGGAGUUAUGUAG